AUGACUUCCUUAAACCACACUGGGGUUAGCCACACAGUCUUCCUCUUGCUGGGCAUCCCUGGCCUUGAGGAGCAGCACAUGUGGAUUUCCAUCCCCUUCCUCAUUUCCUAUGUCAUCGCCCUGCUUGGGAACAGCCUGCUCAUCUGCAUCAUCCUCACAAAGCGCAGCCUCCAUGAGCCCAUGUACCUCUUCCUCUGCAUGCUGGCCGGAGCAGACAUUGUCCUCUCCACGUGCACAGUGCCUCAGGCCCUGGCCAUCUUCUGGUUCCGUGCUGGGGAGAUCUCCCUCGAUCGCUGCAUCACUCAGCUCUUCUUCAUCCAUUCCACCUUCAUGUCUGAGUCCGGGAUCUUGCUUGUGAUGGCAUUUGACCGCUACAUUGCCAUAUGCUACCCACUGAGAUACACCACUAUCCUUACACAUGCACUGAUUGGGAAAAUUGGUGUGACCAUCUUUCUGAGAAGUUUUUGUACACUUUUCCCCAUCAUAUUUCUUGUGAAAAGACUGACUUUCUGCCAAAAUAAUGUUAUUCCACACACCUUUUGUGAACAUAUUGGCUUGGCCAAAUAUGCUUGUGAUGACAUUUGGGUGAACAUUUGGUAUGGGUUUUCCAUCCUAAUGUUAACAGUGGUUUUAGAUGUUGUGCUAAUUUUUGUUUCCUAUGUGCUGAUUCUCCAUACUGUCUUCAAUAUCCCUUCCCGAGAAGCUCGACACAAAGCUCUCAACACAUGUGGCUCCCAUGUCUGUGUCAUCAUCUUCUUUUAUGGGCCUGGGAUCUUCACAAUCCUUACUCAGCGGUUUGGACGCCACAUUCUACCUCAUACCCACAUCUUGUUGGCUAAUGUCUGCAUGCUCGCUCCACCUAUGCUGAAUCCCAUCAUUUAUGGGGUCAAGGCCAAGCAGAUCCGGGAGCAGGUGGUUCACAUGUUGUUUACAAAGCAAUCACUUUGGUCUAAGAACUGA